UUAUGAUAGUGGUUUACGACCGGUUAUCUACUGCACUGCUGAAGGAAGUUUUUAUUAAAGUUGGUUUUUCAUGUUGUGGCCUAAAUGCACUCAAUUAUAUUUAUAACACACGUCUAUCCACAGCCAAGAUGCUGGAACUCUUCUGCGACCUCUGCACUGCUCACACCCUCAUCAUCUUCACCGUAACCUUGACCCUCGUCUGGCUCACCUCCACGCUCCUGCAGAGACGGGGCGCCCCGCCUGGACCUUUCCCGCUGCCUGUGAUUGGCAACCUGCUCAUGUUUGCGUCUGCUGGCACAAAACAGUUGGAACUUUUUGAGGACCUGCAUGCAAAAUACGGGAAAAUAUUUUCUUUUUCCCUGGGGGCGCUGAAGUUUAUUGUAAUAAAUGAUAUAAAGGUCAUGCAGAAUGCCUUUGUCAAACAAGGCAACAUUUUCAGCAACAGACCUCAUGAGAACCUGUACAUACUUAAAAUAACGGAGGACAAAGUUGGUCGAGGGCUAAUUCUAAGCGAUGGGGUAGAAGGAAAAGAAAUACGUAAGGUCAGUUUAACCGCCAUGCGGGAUUUAGGGUUUGGCAAAAAAAGUUUGGAAGACAAAAUCGACGAAGAGGCUCAGGUCUUGCUGGAACUCCUGGACAAGCAGGAGGGGAAGCCACUCACUGCCAAACGUCUGCUGUCAAAAGUGACAUCCAAUGUUAUUUGUAGCAUUAUAUUUGGUUCCAGAUUUUCUUAUGAAGAUCCAAAAUUUACAAAACUUCUUGCCAUCCUGGAAGAGUCAACUAAAGUCAACCCCAUUUUUAUUCCGGUUAAUUUUUUUCCAAUUUUAAGAUUUAUCCCAGCUAUGCAAAAGCAAAUAGACACAUUUAUCCACACGUUCAAGUCAACGGAUGACUACAUCCAGCAACUGACUCUGGACCAUGAAAAGUCAUUUGAUCCAAAAAAUAUCCGAGACUUUGUUGACAUGACCAUUGAAAUGAGAACAAAAAACAAAGGCAAUGUCCACUUUAGUGAUACCAACAUGCGCCAUGUGAUUGUUGACUUGUUUCUUGGUGGGUCUGACACAACAGCUACCAGUUUGGACUGGGCUUUGUUAUUUAUGGCUGCCUAUCCAGACAUACAGGCUAAAUGUCAACAGGAAAUUGACCAGGCAUUGGGUAAAGGCAGAAGAGUUACAAUAGCAGACAAAGCCAACAUGAGAUACACAGAGGCAACACUGUUAGAAGUGCUCAGGAGUAAACCUGUGGCCCCCUUGUGCCCACCCCACUGUACUUCAAGGGACACAACUCUGUGUGGCUACACCAUACCCAGCAACACCAUAGUACUCUCCAACAUCAAAAUUAUAAACAAUGAUCCUGCGCUAUGGCCAGAGCCAGAGAAGUUUAGUCCCUCCAAUUUCCUGGAUUCUAAUGGAAACAUCAUCAACAGAGAGAAGCUCAUGUCGUUCUCAGUGGGCCCUCGCUCCUGUAUUGGAGAGAACCUGGCUAAGAUGGAACUGUUCCUAUUGUUUACCAGUGUCCUCCAGUUCUUCACUAUCCAGACUAUACCAGGUCAAGAGGUCAACCUGGACGCCCACCUUGGAUUUGUCUACCAACCGACUCCACAGAAUCUGGUCUUUGCUAAACGAUAAAAUAAAUACGAACU